GCCGCGUCGCGGAGACUUCUGGGAGCUCUUGCUCGCCAUCGGAGUGCGCAGGCGCAGCGCGCCGAGUGGACAUUUUGGUCUUUGUCCGCGGGUCAGUCCGGCCCCUGGGUCCACGUGGCGCGAAAGUAGGAGGGCCGCUUCCUUGUGCAUCCCUGGAGACUGCACCUUUUUCAUCAUUCAGAAGGCCUGGAGGCCCCAGGGCUGAGUUCUAGGAUGGUACUUUGGCCCCCAGCAUUAAUAUUCUAGUGCUGUGUCAUUUCCCCAAUAGCAGGUUAUAAACCAACUACACCGUAUGUGAUCCUCUGUUGGAACAAGAAGACAAACUCUGGAUGGUGGAGAACAAAGUGGAAAGGAAAUUUGUUCAGGUCGUUUCCAGACUUAUGCUUUUGAACACACAAGUGUUCCUGAGGAAGGAAGAGGAAGACAGACUUAAGAAGCCUGAGAAGAUGAUGAGCAGAUAGAGAGGCAACAAGAUUUGGGAGGCAAGUUGCAUCCAUCUCCAAUAAAGUACAGACUGAGGAAAAAAAGCAGUGAACUAAGAAAAUUGGAAGGAUACUUCUUCUGAUCUCAGACCUUAUAUCUUUAAGGAAACACCUUUUUCAAAUUACCUGGAAAGAGUGUGAAACAAAAUUUAGACUUAAUUGUGAGGGAAGUUGUGUAGGGGAGAAUCAUUAAUUUAACUAGGAAAUCCUGCCUCUGCUUGCUCCUUAUGCUAAUAACCCCCUUUAAAUGUAAAUCAGUGUGGAAAUGUCUUCAGUUAAAACCAUUUGAGCAUAGAAAAACCCUAUGAAAUUACUGAAUGUGGCAAAACUUUCACUUACAUGUCACACCUCAUUAAAUGUAGAAGUCAGGCUUAAGAGAAACCCUGUUCUAAGGAAUACUGAAGAGCCUUUAGGUAGAUGAUAGAUCUCUGAGCAGAAGAAAAUUUUUUACUGGAGAGAAACCAGUGAAUAUAACAAAACUUCGUUGAUCAUUAGAAAAUUUGGACAGAAAGCUUUCAAAUGUACUGAGUAUGAUAUAGUCUUCUCUCAAACUUUAUCCCUUCCUCUAUAUUUGAAAGGUCAUACACAGAGAAUCCUUACAAAUGUAAGAAAUAUGGAAAUUCCUUCAGCCAAAAGUAAAUCCUAAUUCAUCAAAAAAAUUCAUACUGGAGAGAAACCUUGUGAAUGUGGGAAAGCUUCCAUUCAGAUGUCACACCUCAGUCAGCAGAAAAUUUGUAGUGGGGAAAACCCCUUUGCCUGUAAGGUAUGUGGGAAAGUCUUCAGCCACAAAUCAAAUCUUACUGAGCAUGAACAUUUUCAUAAUAGAGAGAAACCUUUUGAAUGUAACGAAUGUGGAAAAGCCUUUAGCCAGAAGCAAUAUGUUAUUAAACAUCAGAACACCCAUACCGGAGAGAAGCUUUUUGAAUGUAAUGAAUGUGGAAAAUCCUUCAGCCAGAAGGAAAACCUUCUCACCCAUCAGAAAAUUCACACUGGAGAGAAACCUUUUGAGUGUAAGGAUUGUGGGAAAGCUUUCAUUCAGAAGUCAAACCUCAUCAGACACCAGAGAACUCACACAGGAGAGAAGCCUUUUGUAUGUAAGGAAUGUGGAAAAACCUUCAGUGGCAAAUCUAACCUUACCGAGCAUGAGAAAAUUCAUAUUGGGGAGAAACCCUUUAAAUGUAGUGAAUGUGGAACAGCUUUUGGCCAGAAGAAGUACCUCAUAAAACAUCAAAACAUUCACACUGGAGAGAAACCCUAUGAAUGUAAUGAAUGUGGAAAAGCCUUCUCUCAAAGAACAUCACUUAUCGUACAUGUGAGAAUUCAUUCAGGUGAUAAACCUUACGAAUGCAAUGUAUGUGGAAAAGCCUUCUCUCAAAGUUCAUCUCUCACUGUGCAUGUGAGAAGCCAUACAGGUGAGAAACCCUAUGGUUGUAAUGAAUGUGGGAAAGCUUUCUCUCAAUUCUCAACCCUUGCUCUGCAUUUGAGAAUACACACAGGUAAGAAGCCUUAUCAAUGUAGUGAAUGUGGGAAAGCUUUUAGCCAGAAGUCACACCAUAUUAGACACCAGAAAAUUCAUACUCAUUAAAAAACCCUGUAAAUAUCAUAAAAAUUGGAAAGUGUUCAUCAGGAAUUUAAACCUCAUAGCACAUCAGAAAUGAUCAUACUGAAAGAAUAUAUCACAAAUGAGGAAAACAAAAGCUAAAAAGUUACUGGACACCAUGGAAUUUAUACUGAAGAGAAAGACAUUUAUAUGAUAAAAAUCCUGGGCCCCCAGAAAAGCUGAUGGCCUAGGUAAUGCUGGAACUUUAGACGCAUUUCCACCAAACAUGCUUCUUAUUGCUGUCUGCAUUUAUCUGGAGAUCUUCAUCAACGUAAUCAAAAUAUAAGUUUUAAGUAUUGGCAAGGAAGAGACUUUUAUGGUAUUGAUUUAGUAGAACAGAAGAGAUUCUGGAAACACCUAUGCAUCUAUUAAAAUUUAGAAUAUGAUAGAAAUGACAAUAGGAGGUGAGAAGAUAAUGGGACUAUGUAAAAAGUGAUUUGGAGGUAAUUUGUUCUCCAAGGAAAAAACAGACCAUGAACUAUAAACAGAGGUAAGAACCAAGAGGAUAAGAACAAGAAUAUAAGCUGUAUACUGAAAUGGUUAUGACCUUGGGAGUAGGGAGACAUUCCUUAUAAUAAGCUCAAAAAUUCUCUGAAUUUCUAUGCUUAGGAAAUAUGUAUCAGUCUGCUUACUGUGGCAUGAUUUGUAGUUAGCCAUAAGUUGGAAACACCUUAAAUGCCCAUUGGGAGCAAAAUGGAAAAUACUUAUGAUGGAAUACUGUAUAUCUGUAAAAUUUAGCAAAUGAGAUCUAUAUUACAGAGAAAGAUCUCAAAAAUCAUGUUGAAGAGGGAAAAUGAAGUUGCAGAAUAACAUAUAUUACAAUGCAUUUUGUAAAUUUUAACUAAAACUUUACUCACAAAAUUCAGUACUAUGUAUUGGUAAUGGAUAAAUAUAUGUAUGUAUGUUUUUAAAAUGUUUUUGGAAUGGAUUGGAAGGAUACAGACCAAACUCUUGAUAGUGGUUGCUUGUGAAGAGUGGAGCAGGGAAGGGGAUGAGUGUGGGAGGGAUGGGAUGGGGACUGUUUAAAGGGGGGUUUCAUUUUUAUAUAUAAAUAUCCAUUUCUCUUAAAAACUAAAGACUGCAAGUAAAUAUAUCAAAAUACUGGAUAAUUCUGAUUGUGGUAUAUGGAUAUCUUGUCUUAUUUUUUGUACUUUUCUGUAUUUUUAAAUUUUCUCAAAAUUAAUAAGAAUGGGGGUGAGGAUGGGAACACUGUACCUAUAGAAAUCAUGUUCUAAUGGAUUCAUUCCCAAUCAAGUACUAAACUUUUUAUAGAAAAUAUUUCUAAAAUUUUAUCAAUGAUGAGUGGAUGGACUUGCUCUCUAUGUAAUAUGAAAUUAUCUAUUUUAUUAAAAUUAAAAAUGAUCACAUAAUCCAAA